CGGAGGAAGUCACGUGGCGCGCGCUCACAUGACUGGCGGCGCGAUGGACCCGCUACCCGCGGCGCCAGCAGCUGCAGCGGCAGAGCCGGAGGCGGACGAGGAGGCGGACCCGCCGGCUGCAGACUCGCCAGCGCCCCAGGUCAGCGAGCCGAGGGCCCCGGACUCCAGUCGGAUGCAGAUGCCGCCAGGGAACCCACUGCUGUUGUCGCUCACGCUGCAGGAGCUGCUGGCCAGGGACACCGUGCAGGUGGAGCUCAUCCCCGAGAAGAAGGGCCUCUUCCUCAAGCACGUGGAGUAUGAGGUUUCCAGCCAGCGCUUCAAGUCCUGCGUGUAUCGACGGUACAAUGACUUCGUGGUCUUCCACGAGAUGCUGCUGCAGAAGUUCCCGUACCGCAUGGUGCCGGCCCUGCCGCCCAAGAGGAUGCUGGGAGCUGACAGGGAGUUCAUCGAGGCCCGGAGGAGAGCACUGAAGCGCUUCAUCAACCUGGUGGCCCGGCACCCGCCCUUCUCCGAGGACGUUGUUCUCAAGCUGUUCCUGUCCUUCAGCGGCCCCGACGUGCAGAACAAGUUAAAGGAAUCCGCUCAGUGUGUGGGAGACGAGUUCAUGCAUUGUAAGCUGGCUGCGCGGGCCAAGGACUUCCUCCCAGCCGACAUCCAGACUCAGUUCGCCAUCAGCCGGGAGCUGAUUCGCAACAUCUACAACAGCUUUCACAAGCUUCGAGAUAGGGCCGAGCGGAUGGUGUCGCGGGCCAUCGACAAUGCUGCUGACCUUCUCAUAUUCGGGAAGGAACUGAGUGCUUUAGGGUCUGACACGACCCCGCUCCCCUCCUGGGCCACUCUGAACAGUAGCACGUGGGGGUCCCUCAAGCAGGCGCUGAAAGGCCUGUCCGUUGAGUUUGCACUGCUCGCUGACAAGGCUGCACAGCAGGGCAAGCAGGAGGAGAACGACGUGGUGGAGAAACUGAACCUCUUCCUGGAUUUGCUGCAGUCCUAUAAAGACCUCUGUGAGCGGCACGAGAAGGGCGUGCUGCACAAGCACCAGCGGGCGCUGCACAAGUACAGCCUGAUGAAGAGGCAGAUGAUGAGCGCUGCCGUGCAGAGCCGCGAGCCCCAGUCGGUGGAGCAGCUGGAGUCCCGCAUCGUGGAGCAGGAGAACGUGAUCCAGACGAUGGAGCUGCGCAACUACUUCUCCCUGUACUGCCUGCACCAGGAGACGCAGCUGGUCCACGUCUACCUGCCCCUUACCUCCCACAUCCUCGGGGCCUUCGUCAGCUCCCAGAUCCAAGGGCACAAGGAGAUGAGCAAGGUGUGGAAUGACCUGCAGCCCAAGCUACAGUGCCUCUUCGCUGGACCGCACGGCGCCCCCAGCCCACAGAGGUCCCCGCAGGACGGCCUGUCUGCUCACUAGUGCCGGGAGGACGUGGGCGGCAGCUCCGGCGCCCUCACUAAAACUUCUUUCCAAAUGGUG